AUGGGCAGCAUAUCCACUUUGGAAUUUCUAGACCUUUCUCAUAACAAUGUUUCAGGAUCAAUUAUGAAGUCUUUGGAGAAGCUUUUAAAUCUCAAAGAUUUCAUGUUCUGCCAUGCUGCACUAGUACUUCAAAGCAUAGAUCCAAGAGAAAAAAGUCUCCAUCGCCUUCGCGCUUAUAUGGAGAAGGUAUAUAAGAUGCAAAGAACAAAUCCUCAGCAAGCACUUGAUUCAUUCUCUGUCGUCUCAAUGAGAGAAAAAACUCCAUACUAUGAUUUGCUCCAAGCAACUGAUUCACUCAAGGAGAGCAAUUUGAUUGGUUCUGGGAGUUUUGACUCUGUUUACAAAGGCAUCCUUAGAGAUGGGACUUUAAUUGCAGCUAAAGUGUUCAAUCUACAAUUGCAAGCAGGAUUUAGAAGUUUUGAUAUAGAAUGCGCAACCUUCGCCAUAGGAAUCUCACCAAUUCAUCACUAG